AUGGUGGAUGAGGCGACCCCAGAUUUCUACAACGUUACCAUCGCGGCAUCCGGAGCUCUAACCUUUGACCCGGAAGUGGCUAUUGAGUUCCGUGCCGCGAACAUAUUGGUUUUCGGUCGGCUUGAGAUUGGAAGCAAGAAUUGUCCCUACCCCGGGGAUUUGACCAUCACUUUAACAGGCACCCGAGAAAUACACACUGGGGAAACAAACCCGAAGGCGAUCUUGGUUCACGCGGGUGGCACAUUAGACAUUCACGGGAUGCCAAAACGAGCCUGGACCAAGUUAGAUGGCAGCGCACUUCCGGACAGCCAGAAUCCUAACAUUAUAUACGACCACGAGGUAAGAAACCUAAAGAACACGACGUCGGAAGGUAUCGGUGCAUACACAAUGAGCGCCGACGGUACAGUUAAACGCUGGGGGUUGUAUCACCUCAAGAGAGAUGGACAGGAACUCGCCGACCACAUGAAUAGCGUACACAGUGGCGAGAUCCUGAUGAUGGCAAGCCAGAAACAAAUAUCCAAAGAAGUAGAUCACCUGGAACAAUUCCUCGUGUAUGACGCACUGGAAACAUUCACUUCCGGUGAGCCGACCGGAAAAAGUCUCCUACGCGCCGUUGCACCCUCCGACGGCAGCACUUGGGCGUUCAUUGGGCAAAAGGGAUCUCCUCAAAGCCACGUCGAGGUACACAAUCCAGUAGGGGUCACGUCACAGGCACUCUUCACGGCCCCCAACGGAUUUGUGUUCAUGGCGGAAGCGACCGGAAACGAGAUUAUUAAUCGCCAGGUUGACAAUUUCCGCGUUGCGUCCGAUCUGGACGGCAUCCACCCGCGCGUCAGCGUCAUCGAUGACGUUACCACGUGGCAACCCGGUGACCGUGUGGUGUUGGCGUCCACUGACUACGGCCCUGAGCAGGCGGAGGAAGCGGAAGUUGUGUUUUGUGACAACUGCUCCCCUCGACAGUUCCGCAUAAACAAGCGUCUUGAGUACACCCAUUUCGGGGAGCUCCUCGCGGGAGGCCGGAUGGACAUGCGCGGCGAGGUGGCGGUACUCACGCGUAGGGUGGUUGUGCAAGGGGAAAUGGAACCAGAGUGUCCAGCGUUUAACGGAAACUGUGAUAACUUCAUUGUGGAUGGGCGUGACACGUUUGGCGCGCAUAUCAAGAUCCUGAAGGACUACGCAAAUGCCCGCAUGUCCAACUUCGAGCUACGUAACGCCGGUCAACAGACGGACGAAGGACGCUAUCCGAUCCACUUCCACAUGACAUGGAACAAGACGGCAGCCGCUGACACGCCUUACAUCCGGUCUGUCAGCAUCCACGACACGUUCGCGCGCUGCAUCACGAUCCACGGAACUAACGGUGUCGAGAUCUCAGACAACGCGUGUGUCAGGCACAUGGGUCACGGUUACUUCUUGGAGGAUGGAGGCGAGGAAAACAAUGUGUUCGAUGGUAACCUUGCUGUCAACACCAUGAAGGGCACGGGAAACAUCGAACCCGUCGAUUUGACGCGUCCAGCGGCCUUCUGGAUGACUAAUCCAAAGAACUACUUCCGGAACAACGUGGCGGCUGGCGGUCAGGGCAACGGAAUCUGGUUCCUGUUUCCGGACGCGCCUCUCUAUCCAUCCAGCGAGGUCGAGGGCGUUAUGGGUUUCCGGGAGGCCCAGCGGACUAUGAUCUCCGAGUUCACCAACAAUGUGGCACACUCGCAAAACUUUAUGGGUGUCAUGAUUGGCAAUAUUUUGAAUGAUGACCGGACGACAAGCUGCUGUAACAAAUGGCAGCCACUUGUAGACCCCAAGGACCCUACCUCAGAAGAGUUGAACAUCCCGCUUUCCGGCGUAACAGGCUACAAGAACCGAGUAUUCAAUGUGUGGAUUGAGGGAGGACGUCUCGACGUCACACAGAUCUCAUCUGCAGACAGUAUGAACGGUGUUCUCGUAACUAACGAGGGACAACAAAACGCCCGAGGUGGCAAGUUCAGCUACGGCGUUAUCAUCGGUGAAAGUGAGAACCGCGGAGUUCCGAGUGUCGACGGAGUGACACGAAGUUUAGAUGGAACGUAUUUGUAUUACAGUGAUGCCGUGCAGUCCGGUCUUACAAUGUGGAAAGGUCCCACCAAGUUUUCCAACCUGUGGUUUGACAGUUUCCAGGACAACGACUUAUACGACCUAGCCGCCAUUGCUAAGAAACGCAAUUCCCCUUACUUUUUCUCCGUUGUCAACGAAUUCACCAAUAUCAGCUUUACGUUCGAUGACGGGGUUGGUCAGGGGACAUACGCCAUUUCCGGCGAUAAAACAGAUCCUGGCUGGGAGAAGAGCAUCGAUGGCGAGCUCAUUUCAGGGUUUACGUUUAACCGAGACGAAAACGGACUAGAUGUAAAAUAUUACGUCGUUAAGCCUGACCCGCUUUCCGCCGCUGCAGCAGAUUGCCGUGUCAGACCUAAUUGGCGCCUUGCUCUGUGUUCCACUAAAUAUGGAAACUUGAGGACAUCUGGCGUUACCGACGCCACAGAAGACGUCAUAUUCGUGCGGGACCAGGUUCCCGGCUCGCCACUUCAUUUUGAUAUGAAGACGACCACUGGACCACAAGUUGUCAUGGACGGAUCCUCCACAUACACUGUCCACUUCCGGCCCCAGAUGCCAUCCUUUGUUCGCUUUGAGGCACCUGGGCUCGACAGGGGUGACAAACUACGUAUCGGCGUAUGCACACCUCUUGGGGCGGAGCUAGAGGUACAAACCUUCCACCCGUACCGCCUGAACGUGAGGUCAAGGUUCACACAGGUUGACUCUCUGGCCGAAUUGGAUAAGGAGGAUCCAGAACUGGACGGGAAGAAGUACUACUAUGACAGCACGACAGGCAUGAUGUAUUACAAGUUCGUCAACACGGAAACGAGAACUGAAGACGAGGACCAGGUUUGCAACAACGGGAAAUGUUCAGAAUUCCGUAUCAAGAUUCUGUCUGGCGAUCUCACUGACGCCGAUUGUCGCCAUCGGAUAUACACUUCCGCUCAGCUCGCGGAGACUGCUGCCGCGAUUCCCACUCUUGAAACCACGAUUGAAGCCAAAGUCGGUCUACCUCCUGCCGAAUAUGGCGCUGGACCAACGGCCCCGUUCCGUGAAGCGGUAGAUGGAGGCUGGGGUCUGUGGGGCGGCUGGUCAGAGUGCUCCCGGUCGUGUGGAGAGGGAACUCAGUACCGCCUCCGACAAUGUAACAACCCACUUCCACAAGGUGCAGGCGCAAGUUGUGAAGGAGACGCAGCCCAACCGCGCACUUGCCAGACAAUAUUUUGCCCGAUAAACGGCGAAUUAUCCGAAUGGUCGAACUGGAGCGCGUGCACUUCGUUGCCAAGUAACGACGCCACAUACAAAUGUAGUGGGUAUCAAGAGAGAACACGUGACUGCAACAAUCCACCCACUCAGUACGACGGAGAAAUGUGUGAGGGUUCCACGAGGGAGAUCGAAUCCUGUAGCCUUUGCUAAAUGAUGUUUGCACAAUAUUUGCACAAUAGGCCUCUGUUCUUGUCCCAAUGCAAUUCAUGUGUUACACUGUAAGUUGUAUCAACUGCUGUAAAUUUGAAUCUCGCCUUCACGGUCCUUAUGCCAAAACAUCUUGGAGAAACCCUUUUUAUAAUAUAUUUCCAUCUUACAGCCAUUUUCUAUUACUGUUGCAUUUAACAUAAAGACCAUUUCGAGAACUGAUUUGAAAUAUAAUUCAAAUCAAUCAAUUGCAAAUAGCAUUAAUAAG